GGUGGUAAGGUUUGUGGAGAGAAGUGAGACGGAGGAGGAGGGGUAGACAGCCUGGCAGACAGGUGCGCGUCCGUAGUCUGUUUCAUUUUCUCUCGAUCCUUUUAAGUGAUAGAGCCAUGGAUACUCGCAAGGAAAACAAGGUAAGAAAACAACCUAUGAAACCCAAAACGACGAAGCCAAAGGAGAAGAAAUACAAAACUGGGAGGUCUAGAAGGAAAUCACUUCGAUCUUUUGGGAAUUUCAUGGGAAGGAUCCUUAAAACUUUGGGCACUUUAGCGCACUUUGGCGAAGCGGAACAGCCGGACGCAGAGGACGACGACGGUGGCUUCGGGCAAAGCGCCUCGGGUGGUUUCAAAGAAAAUUGUUCGCAGAUCUCCAGGGAAGGAACCGUAAAGAAGAGCUCCACGGUUUCUUCCAUUCACGGCUCGGUGAAAGACAGGCUGUCAUGGUGCUACGGCGACAAGACCCCGGGAGUGCUGGGACUGAAGAACCACGGCAACACCUGUUUCAUGAACGCCGUGGUUCAGUGCCUCAGCAACACGGACCUGCUUGCAGAAUACCUCGGGUUGGAGCAGUAUAAGUCGGAUAUUUGCCGCCAGAGGGUGAACGGGGAGCUGAGAGGAGAGGAGUCACAGACCGCCAGAGGAGAAGUGACUGAGCAGCUGGCGUCGCUGGUUCGAGCGCUUUGGACGCUGGAGUACACGCCACAGCUGUCUGUGGAGUUCAAGAGCAUUGUGGCCAAAUAUGCAUCUCAGUUUCGUGGAAACUCUCAGCAGGACGCCCUUGAGUUCCUCCUCUGGCUCUUAGACAGAGUUCAUGAAGAUGCCAAUUCCAACCCUGACAAUAGCAACAGCAGCACCAAGACCAAAGCCAAUGCCAAGGGAACCAGUUCAUUGGAUAAUGCUUCCAGUCCUAGCGUAGCCGGUACACACCAACCUCGAGGUCGACACAGUUUUGUCCAGGAACACUUCCAGGCUCAGUACAGGUCUUCUCUGACAUGCCCUCAUUGCCUUAAACAGAGCAACACCUUUGACCCAUUUUUAUGCAUCUCUCUGCCUAUUCCUCUACGACAAACCAGGCCAUUGUGUGUGACGUUGGUGUUCAACACAAAGGGUCAGAGGUACCUGCGAGUGGGGCUGGCUGUACCACUGUUUGGCUCCCUGUCCUGUCUCAGAGCUAUGGUAGCAGCAGAGGGCAACAUCUCACCUGACCAGGUCGUCCUUGUAGAGCUGUAUUCCACAGGUUUCCAGCGUUCCUUCUCAGAUGAUGACGACCUAACUGCAAUUGCUGAUAGCGAUGUUGUCUACGCCUUCCAGGCUCCUUCACUCGCUAGUUGUGGAGGCUCCGCGCAACACUCAGGAUAUCACCACAGCCUCCCUUCCUCCCCCUACACCUUCACGGCUGGACCGGAUGGUCAGAGGUUACCUCCAUCUGGCACCCUCUCCUCUGAGUACCUGAACCAGGGUAGCUCCAAGGUCCUCCUCCUUAUCUGCAACACAGUAGGAUCUGGCCAGCAGGCUGUCAGGUUUGGGCCUCCAUUUCUUAUGCUUGAGGACAGGGGUAUCUCCUGGGACCAGCUGCAUCAGAGCAUCCUCAGUAAGCUCUAUUAUCUGAUGCUGAAUGGAUCUCAGGCUCAGAAUGCUGGGGUGCUGUUUAAGAUCAGAGUAGUGGGAGGAUCGGCAGCCUACAGCUACCUGUCCCCACAGGACAGUAGGCCACUGUACCACCCUGCUGUUGACAGAGCUCUGAAGUUCUGUGGCCCAGGGGGCCCCCCUCACGUGAAGCUCGUUAUUGAAUGGGAGCUGAGCACUAAAGAAUGUCUGUUUGGCAGCAUCCAGGAGGAGGUAGUAAAGGAUGCAGAGAGUGUGAGGAACCAGCAGCAACAGCACCUUCAGCAGCAUAGCUGUACCUUGGACGAGUGCUUUAAGCUGUAUACCAAAGAAGAGCAGCUUGCACCUGAUGAUGCCUGGAAGUGUCCCCACUGUAAGCAGCUUCAGCAGGGUAUGGUGAAGAUGAGCCUGUGGACUCUGCCAGACAUCCUGAUCCUCCAUCUCAAGCGCUUCCGUCAGGUAGGCGAGCGAAGGAACAAGCUGUCCACCCUCGUGCGUUUCCCUCUGACUGGUCUGGACAUGGCACCCCAUGUAGUGAAGAGAAGCCAGAGUAUGAAAAACCUGAACCUGGGGCCAUCAACACCUUCCUGGAAACAGCAUUCAGGCCAACCCCACCAAUCUGCUGACAUGAUCCUUCCUCACGAAUACCUGUAUGAUCUUUAUGCUGUGUGUAACCAUCAUGGAGGAAUGCAUGGAGGACAUUAUACUGCUUACUGUAGGAAUUCGGUGGAUGGCCAGUGGUAUAGCUACGAUGACAGCAGCGUAGACCUGGUGCAAGAGGAGGAAGUGUGCACAAGAGGAGCUUACAUCCUUUUCUACCAGAGACGAAACACCAUUCCUCCGUGGUCAGCCAGCAGCUCCAUCAGAGGCUCCACAAGUUCAUCAGUGUCAGACCACUGGCUAAUCAGGCUGGCAGGGGACAGUAAGAGAGGCAGCGUGGUGUCUCGUUCAUCCACCACCUGUCCGUCUUCCUUACCUGACUCUCCAGAGUCUCCAGUCUUCCUAGACAAUGGCUUCAAAGAGGGAAGAGGUGGAUUUGAGAAGAGGCCAUUUGUGAGAAAUCUUCAGGGGCGCAGCAUGAGCAUGAGAGCCCCCAGCAAAACCAAGGACACCCUAAGCAGAGUGUUUCCCCUGCGCUGGUCCUUUGGCUCCAAGGACAGUCGAAAACCUGACCCAGUCCCUCCCCCGGUACCUGAUCCUGCCCCUGUAGAGCUGGUACAGUACUUGGAAUCUGGCCGGCGUCCCCGGUGCACCAAGGAUUCAAUAGUAACAUUAAUGAAUGAACCACGCAGCACAAAGGAAGCUACUAAGGGGCGCAUUGCAGCCAAUGUUCGUUCAUCCAGCGUUGGAAGUAUAAGUUGUGUGAGUAAGGCAAGGGAGGAGCCAUUUACACAGGUCCCAGAGGGCCAGAAAUGGCCAUCAGAUAAAACGGCUAGUCUGAGACGUAACAAAGGGAGCCAGGCAAGAGAUGAGAGCUCUGCAAAUAUCAGCAGCAGCUCCAGCACCAACACCCUUACCAGGAGGAAGGAUGGAAGGAGGCAAAGCUCCUCCAAAUCUUCCAAGGAUACUGAGACAAAACAGAUUUCCAGUGCUGGAGUUCAGCCCAGUUACAGCACACCCAGUCUCCAAGAUGGAACUCUGAAAAGACAAAAGGGAGGCAGGGCUGAUAGGGAACACCAUAGCACACAAGAAGAAAACUCUAAGAGCAAGAAAGCAGAAGCACCUAAGGGCCAUGAGGGACUGCUGUCUUUCUUUAAAGGUAACUUCCUGAAGAAGGAUAAAGAUCCAAGGAAGCCCACUGAGUACGAGUCAGGGAGAGCAGGAGAUGAAGAAGAAAGCAGAAGGACCUUGUCAAGGCCGUCUCUAUCCAAUGGAGCAGCAGGAGGCCGAUCUGGAGUGGAAAGAGGCAAGUCUAAUGGCUCAGGCCAUCUGGUUAAUGAGCUGGUAAACGGUAAGGUGGGUCGCAAAGCAGCUGAAAUCAAACGCUCCCAGAGCUCCACCAACAUCCCCACUAAAGCGGAGCAGAGCAUGCGUAGGACAGCAUCUUUGCAUCGUAAUGGGAUGUCAACCGCGCCCUCGCGCAGUCUGACAACUGACAAACCAUCUUAUGGCACCUUGCAGAGGACUCGUUAUAGCACAACCUCACUGGGGCGCAAAAGGACAGUCCCUGAGUCGAGCUUCUAACACUGAGACACAUAAAGCCUUUUUCCUGAUAGACAUUGAAGGACAUUCAAUCUCUAAGACAGAUCAAAGCAAUAGCGCUCCAUUCACAGUAAUACGCCUUUUUUUGUUUCUAGAAAAUUAACUGACUCAAGUAGUUUGCACCGUGUGAGACAGAAUAAAUGAAGGGUCCUCUAAUGUUGAAGGGGGCAUUAAUAAGCAGAAUGAUGUGACCUGUCCAUCAAAUAUCAGAGGGAGUCCUUCUCUAUUCUAUUUUUUUUUUAAUGACCUAAAUAAGUGCCUGAUCAGCCAAUAUGCAGUUUAGACCGAUUGAUUUAUGUCUAUUUAGAACUGGAAGCACACAGCAACACAUGUACAAACACAUUGCACACGCAUGUGUCUUAUAAGCGUAGUGUGAGUGUUGGAAUUCAUCACUCUACUUUGAACUC